AUGAGUCUUGAUAUUAGAAAUCGUAAAAUCAAGCCAUUACAUGAAAGAAAGAGAACUGCAGCAGCUUGUGAUAGAUGCAGAUCAAGAAAAACUAAAUGUGAAGGUGGUUUCCCAUGCUCUAAAUGUCUAAAAUCAAGUAGUGAAUGUAUUAUAUCAUCAAGAGAUAAACCGUUGGAUCCAUUAAAUUAUAAAGAUCAAUAUACUAAAUUACGAAAGUAUAAUUGUAAAUUAGAGAGAAUCAUUCAGUUUUUAUAUUCGGAUAUUACGUUGGAUUUUUUGAGAAAUCAUAUCGAUGAAUUCGAAAAACGAGUUUGUAUCAAUGAAAUUAAACCAACAGCUGUUGAAAAACCAUUGACAAAUUUUAAAAAGCGGUUUAUUUCAACUACUGAUCAAAGUUUUAUAGAAUCGAUUAGCCAAUUAACAAAUCAAGAAUCCAGUUCAAAAGCAUUUUCUUAUAUUCAUGAAGGUUUUUUCAAACAGAAUCUACUACCAUUGAUCACACAAGCAAUAAUUAUCUUACCAGAGGACCAUAAAUUACGAAGCCUGGUUUCUAUCUAUUUGAAUAUUUGUGAAACAAACUAUUUUUAUAUGCAUCAUAAUCGAAUGUAUGCUAAAGUUGAAGAAAUCAUUGAACAACGAAGAAUCAACAAUUUAGAUUAUUUUUUAAACAAUUGGGAUCAUUUAUGUUUAGUGUUAAUAACUAUUGCUAUAUCUUCAGGAUUUGAAUUUGUUCAAACUAAUGAAAAACCACCUCAACUUGAAGAUUCACCACCAGGUAUAAAAUAUUAUUAUGCUGCAUUACCAUUUGUUGGACAUUUAAUAGAUUUAAAAUCAAUUGAAAGUGUACAAAGUUUAUUAUUAUUUGGUAUAUUUUCAACAACUAAUAAAUUAGAAAAUUUUCAAUUAAUGGAUGGAGGUUACCUAUUCAUGAGUUUAGCUUUAGAAAUUGCGAUAGCUAAUAAAUUACACUUGAAGUCACCAAAUAUGUCAUUAGAAAAUCAAGAAGUUUGUAAAAGAUUAUGGUGGACUGUUUAUACAAUGGAGAGAAGACAUGGUGUAAAUAUAGGAAAACAAGAUAUUAUUUCACCAAAAGAUAUCACAGUUGAAUAUCCAAAAUACGUACCAGAAUUAAAUAAUAGUCUAGGUCAAAAUAAUAAUCUUUCUCAAAUUUCAAUAAUUGAAUUAAAUUUUAUAUUUAGAGAAAUUACAGAAAUUCAAUCAAAAUAUAACGAAAGUUAUUCAAUUGAAGCAAAAGUGAUAAGAAAUUUAUUGGAACAAGUUGAAGAGAUUAAAUUGAAUUUUCCUACAUAUUCCAAAAUUGAAAAUUUGGAUCCAUCAUCGAAUUUGUAUCGUGGUAAUAUGCAUUUGAAUUUAACUUAUUAUCUUGCAAAGAUUUAUAUUGGAAAACCAUUUUUAUUAUACAAGGUUGAGAAUUAUGAUGAAAUUCAAAACAAAAUUGAUUCUUUUGAGUCAGCAUUAGUUGAUCAUUUAUCUUCAGUUUGUAUAGAUGCAGCAUUUUGUUCAAUUGAAUUAUUAGCAGAAUUACAAAAGAAUAACAAAUUGGGAUUAUUUUCAUGUUCAGAUAUAAAUUUUUGCAACAUUUCAUUAUUUACAAUACUAGUAUAUUUAAAGAUGAAUAAGACUGAUCCAACAACAUUAUUAUAUCUAAAGAAAGGUCUUAAAAUUUUAUCAAUGAUGUCUAUAAUUAGCUCAAGCGCAAGAUCAUCGUUAAAGAAUUUCAAAAAGUUGAAUAAACUAGUUAAUGAAAUAACAGAGGAGGAAUUUAAUACUGAACCAAUGAAUAAUCAGUUAGAUUCAUUCCCAAUUGAAAAUGAUGCAGAAUUGGUUUUGAAUUUUGAUAACAAUUUUGAGACAAACUAUGAUGAUGAUUUAUUAUUCAAUCACAAUCAAGAAAAUUUUUUAAAGGAUGUUGAAGAAUUGUUAAUGUCGAUAGAUGAUAUUUUGGAAUAA